AUGGCUGACCUCUCCGACGUGGUCGGAGCCGAGAUUGACCUCACGGUCAUCUCCGGGCGGGGUCUCAUCCCCAAGGACGGCGGGUUUGGUUUUGGAGCACGGACGAGCGACCCGUACGUCGCGAUCGCGGCUGUCCUGCCGGCUGCACGGAGCGGCCGCGGCGGGCACUGCGAAGAGCUCGGCCGCACGGCUGUCAUCGCCAAGAACCUGAAUCCGCGCUGGGACCAGGCCUUCAAGUUCCACCUCCACGGGCGCCGCUUUCGGGGCGACAUGCUUUUGCGGCUGCGCGUGUGGGACUCAGACGCCAUGUCGGCGGAUGACCCGAUGGGGGAGGCGGUCGUGCCGGUGGGCGAUCUGCUCGGCGGGCAGGUGAUUGAGAGGUGGUACGCUGUGCGUCCGUACGCUGGCUGCAAAAAGGCAAGUGGCGACCUUCAGCUUCGCAUCUCGGCCGUGCUGCGCACGGCGCUCUCCGUCUCCUCACACCAAAGCGUCCGGCUCCCGCACGGCGUGCUCGGCGUGGGGGCGACCUGGUGA